CUCGCAUAGCAUUCGUAUGGGUUAACCGCAGAUGUGGAUGGUUAGAUAGAAAUUAUGGCACAAAACUCCUGUGGACACUGGCAACUUCAGUCAUAUCAUUAUGCAUGCUGAAAACGAAGAAUACCGUCAUACUGUAGGCCGGCGAGUGGUAAUGUUUACACGGACGACAGGAAGACCACGAAAACAGGGGUGGUGGAAAUCAGGUACAGGCGCAACAAGCGAGACCAGAAGGAGCAACGCAGACCUGGUUUAUCGGGCUGAGACCGGGUCGCGAGUGGCGGCCGGUAGCGAUGCUGAGUCGAGAAGAACGGAGGAGACACACGUUGAAAGCACUGUAACUCAGACGAGUACGUCAUUUUUGGGCUCUAGGACUGACUCCAAGCAGUGUGAGGUAGACGCGAUUAAGCAAAUCAUGGACUGUCGAACCGACUCAUAGCAGCUCAUAAUAGGAGGGACAAAAGCAGAUACCGGGUGAAAUAUGCAGGAAUUAUUCAA